AUGGAAUAUCAUUUAAUUAUACUGAUGAUUAUGCUGCCGUCAGCCUGGUUCCUUCAAGUCGCUUCGAAAAUAAAGCCCACUACCAAAGCUCCUGUGAAGGAGAUUCCACCCACUAAUGGAACCCAAAUGGCAAAUGUGACUGUCGCUCCAGUUCCAGAAAAACUGGCGGAAGUACACAUCGAUCAGCACAAAACCAUUCGAAUUAGUAAGGGCGAUUUGGACGAUCUCCUGGACGUUUACAUGGGUAAGAUAGCCGAAAGUGCCGCCACUAUUAAGGACAAGGAAAACGAGAUAAACAAGCUGCAAACCAAGGACCAAACAGACGAUGAGCUGCUGAGGAGAUUCGAGAACCUCACCCAGGUGUGCAGUGCCCAGAAUUCAUCCUUCUCGACUGCCAUUAAAGAAAAGGACGACCAAAUCAAGGAACUGGAGCAAAAGGUCAAGAUAUACGAGACACGCCUCAAGAGAAAACAACACGUUUUGACGGAGCUGCGAAGGCUGAAUACCUCCAGUGCCCUACUGAUCGACCAUCUCAAGGGUAAGGUUGUGUAUUUCGAGCGCAAGUUUCGGGAGAAGAAGGACGAUCUGUUGGCGGACUGGGAGGCGGCCACUACCAGCUGUGUGCCCUUUGGACGAUCGCCCGGAAUCCAUCUGAUCCACCUGCCAGGAUUCCUGCCGUUCUUGGUGCCCUGCGAGGGUCAAACUGCCGCCGGACCCGGCUGGACUUGCAUCCAGCGGCGCCUGGACGGAUCCGUGAACUUCUACCGGAACUGGGAUGCCUACAGCAAGGGAUUUGGCAAGCUGAAUGGAGAGUUCUUCAUCGGCUUGGAGAAGCUGCACCGCCUGACCAGCUCCCAGCCCCACGAGCUCUACAUCAGUAUCAGGAGAUUCGGCGGCGAAACGAGUUAUGCCCACUACGACGACUUCCUCAUCGGGAGUGCGGAGGAAGGCUACGAACUGAAGCUACUGGGCCACUAUCAGGGCAACGCCAGCGAUGCGUUGCGCACCCACGACAAGAUGAAGUUCUCCACCUUCGACCGGGACCACGAUGCCUUCACGCACAUGAACUGCGCGGAGCACCAUCAGGGAGCCUGGUGGUACGACUUCUGUUCGCGAAGCAAUUUAAAUGGGAGAUACUUCAAGGGAGAGGUGGACAACCCGCAGAGCAUCUACUGGGAGCCGUGGUACAGCUUUCGCUCCCUGAAGUCCGUCCAAAUGCUCAUCCGCCCCAAGAGCCAGAUGGAGCUGAAAGACUUGCCCAGGGCGCGGCGACCAGGAUAAUUGGAAAUUAUUUGACAAGUACUCGGGCACUAAAUCCGAGCUAUACGAGUAUAAAUCUCACUUUGAUGCUGAACCUAUUAAUCUUUGUUUGCCCCUCGGACGCCUCUUCGACAGUUGAUUAGGUUUCGAUUUGUUUGCGGCCCCGGUCUUCGGGUAAUUACCACGUUACAGUUCACUGCAUAUCAUCGCACUAGACUUUUUGUUUGUUUCGUACACAAGUCAUUGGGUGCAAUUAAUUUUCAUUUUCAUUUCCCGCCGUUCUCGUAAUUUGCUCUGUUGCAACAAUUCAAUGAAAUCUAAUUGAGUGUGUGCAUUGGGCCGAUAAAAAUGAAAUAACCCCCCUGGUCACUGGAAGACUCCUCCAACUCAUUUGUCACUUGCACUUUCAUCGAGGCGACUGGAGCCGCUCAAUUGGAGUCAAUAAACGUUGGGUAAAUAAGCCAGAGGCCGGUAUCUAAAUUAAUACCGAUUCGAUGGCAGAUUUACGACUUUGGCAAAGAGUUAUACGCGUAUGCUCAUACGUUCCAGUUUAUUAUGGAAAAUACUUAUUCCGACUGGUAAGAACCAGUUUAAGCUCCUUCGGUAUUCCUAAACGUACUCCCUACCCAAUAAGACAGACAAAAACAU